AUGGGGCCGCGGCACCUGCUGCCGCCGCUGCUCCUGCUGCUGCUCGCCCUGCAGCUCCCGGCCCCGCCGCCGGCCGCCCAGGCGGCCGGGCCCCCCCGCGCCAAGGGCAACCGGACCCAGGGGGCGGCGGCGCCGCGGCGGACCCCCAGGCCGGGCAAGGAGCUGCUCAACCAGACGCUGGCGGGCCCGGCGGCGGCCGCCCCCACGGCGCUGCCCGGGCGCGGUAAGGGCAGGACGCCCCCCGGCGGCGGGGGCGGCGGCGGGGGCUCGGCCCCGGCGCACGAGACGUGCUGGGGGUACUACGACGUGAGCGGGCAGUGGGACAAGGAGUUCGAGUGCAACAACAGCCUGACGGGCUUCCGCUACUGCUGCGGCACCUGCUUCUACCGCUUCUGCUGCAACAAGCGCGCCGAGAAGCUCAACCAGAGCCUGUGCCGCAACUACAAGAGCCCCGAGUGGGCCCACCCCACCACCGCCAGCGGCGCGCUGCCCGCCGACGGCAGCAACGGCGCCGACGGGGACGCCGACAAGUACGACCCGGACAAGGACAGCACCAACGCCACCGUCUACAUCUCGUGCGGGGCCAUCGCCUUCGUGCUCAUCGCCGGUGUCUUCGCCAAGGUGGCCUACGACAAGGCGCGGCGCCCGCCCCGGGAGAUGAACAUACACAGGGCUCUGGCUGACAUCUUAAGGCAGCAGGGACCAAUCCCAAUAGCACACUGUGAAAGAGAGACUAUCUCGGCCAUAGAUACCUCCCCCAAAGAAAACACCCCAGUCAGGACAUCUUCCAAAAACCAUUACACCCCUGUGCGCACCUCCAAAAGUAACCCAGGUCACUAUGGAAAGGAUAUUUAUCGAAGUGGAGGGCCAGAUCUCCAUAAUUUCAUCUCCUCCGGGUUUGUCACGUUAGGACGAGGACACACGAAGGAUGACCAAGAACAAAAUUAUAAUCAACUGAUACUAAACAGUGCCACCCAGACACCUACACAUGACAAGCCACGGAUGAACAACAUCCUUACUUCUGCCACUGAACCUUAUGAUCUGUCCUUCUCCCGGUCCUUCCAGAACCUCUCUCACCUCCCACCAUCCUACGAGUCUGCCAUCAAGACAAACCCAAGUAAAUAUUCUUCUCUGAAGAGACUAACUGACAAAGAGGCUGAUGAGUAUUACAUGAGGAGAAGACACCUGCCUGACCUGGCAGCCCGGGGCACACUCCCUAUCAACGUCAUCAAAAUGUCUCAGCAGACCAACCACAGGGAGAGGCCACGCCGUCCCAUCAGGGCCAUGUCCCAGGACAGGGUGCUGUCCCCUGAGAGGAUCAUGCCCGAGGAGUUUAGCAUGUCCUAUGAACGGAUCCUCUCAGACGAACAGCUUCUGUCCGCGGAGCGCCUCCACUCCCAAGACCCCCUGCUCUCCCCGGAGCGGUCAGGAUACCCCGAGCAGUCGAUGUCGCGGGCAUUGUCACACACAGACGUCUUUGUUUCCACACCUGUCUUGGAUCGCUACAGGAUGACAAAAAUGCACUCCCAUCCCAGUGCCUCAAAUAACUUGUACAAUACCUUAGGUAUGAACCCAACUUCCGCCAAGCGCCAAGCAUUCGCCUCCCGACGGCACAACACGGUAGAACAACUGCAUUAUAUUCCAGGACACCACCAUCACUACCGCACAGCGAGCAAAACAGAGGUGACUGUUUGAUAUCGUGACCUCGAGCAUUGUAGAUAUUCAGUAAGGACCGGGGUGGCCACCGCACCCCAUACUGCAGUGGCCUUAUAGGCCAAGAUAACCUCUAAUAACUCAGUGUCUGAAAAGACUUCUCUGACAGUCCCACUCACACUGUUGUUUUUAAAGCCACCCCUGCAUUGAUGAGAUAAGGAGAACCCAACCAAACUGAAGUUAGUGAGGGAUAAUGGAGGAAAUUUCCUGACAUGCAUCAGUUUCUGUCAAAGAAAGCCAUAGUAGUAGAUGGCUCCUUUCAAGGGCUCACCUGCUUUAUCUGACUAUUUUUAUCAAUUUAGGACUUUUCAAUUGCUACAAGCAGAACCAGUCUCAUGCAGCAUGUGACGGGGAGGAGAAAAUGCAGCACCCCAUCCUGGCAGGAAGGGGCCCUGUUCUCAUCCCUCAUGCCAGCCAUCAUGGUUGACCUUUCAGUAGCAAGUAGGUAAGCUUCUGUCUGCUGGGGAUCACCUCCAGACAGCUUGGUAUCAGCCAGCACUCAUCCAUCUGGUCUUCCUCACCCUUGGAGCAAAUUCAAGGGAAGACUUUGCUAGGGGACUGGCAGAUCUAGGGACGAGAAUAGCCUGGCUGAGAAAUAACAAUUUAGUUUAUAUUAAAUAUACUCAUAAGAUAAAAAUAUACUAGUGCCUACAAAUCGCCUGCUCUCUCAGUGUAGGAAGUAGUGGGGUUGAUGUGUUCAAUAAGCACAAAUAUACUGAAAUGCUUGUUAGACCCUUUCUCCACUCAUUCUAGUAUCUCGGUGUCUCCAAUGUGUAAAUAGGAAGGGGGAACAGGCUCUCUCUUCCUUCAGCUUCUUGCCACUGCUGAGCCUACAGCACCAGAAUUUGUUCAGCUUCACGCUGCUGACCUGUACUGGGGGAAGCCCUGACUCCACGAAAAUUCCUGCCAGGAAAGGCUAUUACGGUUUUCAGUGAGCCUGGGUUUCUCCACAAGAGUUUCUUUUCCUGACAGUAUUUUCCACCGGCCCAGUUCCCCUGUUUCUAGACAUAUUUCCUCCUCUCAGUUGCAACCUAGAACUCUGUAUGUAGCAAAUCUCUUUCUAUCCCUUAGCAGAAACACAAAGCUGAGGGUGUCUUGUCUACCGAAAAGCAGGCCAGUAAUUGUCUGUGAUUGUCUUAUUAGGUAAUGGCCCAGGAAAGAAACCUUCCAAAUUCCAAUUCCACUGAGUCCCAAUCCUAGACAUGCAGACAGUUACAUUUCAUGCAUAUAAAUUAUAUAUCCAGCAUAACUAUAAUAAAUGGGCAUGUUGUAUAUCUGAUAUAAUGGUAAUUAGAUACUGUAUAUUUGUAAAAUCUUUAAAAAAUAGACUCAUGGGUCCAGAAUUUGUGAGGGUUUUAUCGCUGGCUUUCUAGACAGCUUGAGAUCUGAUUUAUUUAUUUAUUUGUUUAUUUAUUUAUUUAUUUAUUUAUUUUCUUCUCAUUUUUUGCUCCUAUCAAAUUCUGUGGAACCAACUCACACUAGAACGCACUUUUUUGGCCAGGAAAGGAUCUCAGAGGUUCUGAAGGCCCCCCAGACCCAGUGCUGUAACUGCAGUAGUGCCGGACACUAUCCAACACUUGCUGCCCUUGGUGUGAACUCAAAGCACCACCACAUGCACCACACACACAAACCCCCACACCCAACCCAAAUGACAGGCAUGCUCCCUCCUCAGGGUGAAAAGAUGACUGACUUUAGGUUGCAAACACGUUCCCAUAUGGUACUUUUCACAUCCUACUUACCCACAUUGAGGCUUCUCCUACUUGACUCUUUACUAAACUCCAUUUAAAUUAGCUCUGUUCUCCUCCCCUCAAAUACCUCCCACAUCCUGGCCUUAAUGCUGUUCCCAGCUCAAUACUACAUACAAGGAUUGCGGGUUGUUGUGAAUUUGACUCUCACGUGGCAGCUGAUGAUGGAGCACCUGGAUCUCCUGGUGCAGGGUAGGCAGGAGGAGCAUGCUGUCUACUCCAGGUGGAAUUUAGAGAGGCCACAGAGGGGGAGCCAAGCUGACUUUUACUGUGCUGCCGUUUUCAAAAGGGAUCCAAGGCCCUUCUCUUUCCCACACCUUCCUGGGGUUGCUGCUCCUAGUUCAUGGACUUUCUUCUGCCCCACGUGAUGAAGACUGUGUUCAGAAUAGAAUCCAUCUGAGAGAAGUACUGGGGCUUUGUUUGACGGAAACUGAGAUGGGAAGGAACAAAUAAGUGUCUCCAUGGUCCAGAUGGUCAAUAACAUGCAGCCUUGGGCAAAACUGUUCUGGGCAACAGACAAAAUUGUCUAUGGAUCAGGGUAGAAGGUCAAUAGCAUGGGAGGGACAAGAGAGAAAAGGCUCACACCUCAUCUCCUGACCUUUCCUUUGAUGGACACUCCUCUCCCCAGCUUCCUUCAAGCUCCUCAGCUCAGUCACUGGGCAUUUCUUCAGAGAAUGCAAAUCCCUGUGAAAACAUUGCCCUUGGUGACUUUCCUGCAGUGUGAAAUUCGUGACUGAUUUGAAGAAAAAAAUGCACACGGCUGAUGGGGAGGCAGUCCCUACUGAGAUUCUGGGGCCUUUCCAGUCAUUUUUGGACCAGACAAAGCCAGGGUCUUCUCUGCAAGCAGGGAAAUGUGAACACUGUGGGAGAGGAGAGUCCAAUCUAAGCUCUCCAGGACCUGAGGUGGCAGGGCCAGAGGAGCAGAGUGGCCAUGUGAGGCCAUGGGUAGGUAAACACUCCUCUCUUUCCACUUCCAUAGCUGUAUGUCUCAAGCUCUAGUCCUUGUCUAAAUGUUCAGUUUGUGAGCUAAGAAGCUGCUGGACCAGAUGCAAAUACGGAAAAUUUUUACUCAAGUAGCCCAUGCAGAUGCUAUGCUGUGCUCCAGGCCAUUUGACCUCAGAGCCUUCUCUUAUUCUGACCAACAUCACAAGCCCUCUGAUAACUUUUCCUAUCAGGCAAUAGUCCUCCAAAGAAAUCUUGGCCCUGUUUCCUCACCUCUUCCACCCACACAACAGUUUCAAGCAGAUGUGUCCCAUGAGAACCAUAAAAAAACAUUUCUAGGCCAAAUCUCUUCAGGGACUCUGUCACCACCACGCAAAAUUUUCAGCAGUUUCUUUGAGAAGGCAUCAUGGCCUGGAUGGCUGCAAUUUGUUUCUGGGCACUGUGUGUUCCCAUGGCUUGACCUGUGUGCUGGAAUGUAUUGCUGUCUAGAGCUGUAGCAUUUUAGCACACAGAGGUGUUCUUACAUCAUUUUUAACUUAUUCCUCAUUGUGAGAGUUUGUCGCUGAAAGGACCCUUGGGCCAGGACUGGAAGUCAAGGUCCACAGCCUAGUCCCUAGCACUUCUGUUUUCUGUGGUCAAUACGUGAUGAUAAUAGCAACACUUCCCUAUUCCGCAGAGACAUUAUGAAGGUUCAUUCCAUAAUGUCUAUGAAGUGCUUUGAGACCCUCUCACAACAGACACUGUAGAA